UAUAUUAUGACAAAGUUGGUCAAUAAAUUGAACGUAGUAAAUGAUUAUACAAAAAUAAUACACUGGCACGGGGGAUUAAAUCUCUUUUGGCCACACAAAUUGUCUCUUAUACCGUUGCCUGGACACGAUCAUAUGACACCGAAUCGUCCGCAUUUCCCAGAUCGCCAGGAUAAUAACAUUAUUAAAAGAGAAUGUUCAGUUAACGAUUAUAUACGGGAUACAAAACAGUAUACAUACCACCCCCGUACAUGAAGAUACGUUUGACCUAGAUAUUUUGUUGAUUGUUCACCUACAUAAAUCCACACACACUGUACCCGGAAGAAAGCCCGUUUGUACAGGUCUGUUUAAUAAUGGCUGUGUUCGUGUACAUAUUAGUUUCUAUGACCGCGGUUAAUCACGUUCUAGGUUCAUCACUGUCUAUUUCUGGAUCUUCGUCUUAUGCAGUGUUGAAUCAGCCGUUUACCUUGACCUGUACAGUGUCUCAAGCUGCUGGUCUCAAUGAUAUCGUAAAUGUCUAUAAGAACUCACCUGACGUGUUUGCUUCUCUGAGCCAGUAUAUGUCUACAUGUUCUGUGUUCAAUGAUGGACCACCAGGUUACACUGUGUCUUGCCGGGAUGGAACAAAUAGUAACCCGUCCACCACUAAGAAGUAUCAUCUGAGGAUCAACAGAGCUGCAGAACGUGAUGCUACAGACUGGUGGUGUGAUCUCAAUGCAGCUAGAACACGCAGCAACACGUUUAGGCUGCAGUUCAGCAGUGGUCCAGACUCUGUUACACUCAGUCCACCAUCACCUGGGUCUCUAGCAGAAGGAGACAGUCUGACUGUGACGUGUGCUGCUAGUUGUACACCACCAUGUUCCUAUUCCUGGACUCCGAGACAUCAGCAGAUCUCACCAACCUCUCAGUUAAAACUGACAAACAUCAACAGGAGUCAGACAGAGAAUGUGUACACGUGUACAGCGACCAACUCACUUAUACCAAAAUCUAAAACUAAACAGUUCACACUGACAGUGUACUAUGGUCCAGACAGUGUCCAGCUGAACACCACUUCUCCACUGACAGUGAAGGAAGGUGACCAUGUAUCUGUGUCAUGUGGAGCGACUAACUGUUCUCCAUCAUGUUCUUUCAUGUGGAAGUUUAAAUCUUAGAUACAAUCAACCAGCGAUGUGCUGUCAUUAAAUAACAUACAGAGAUCAGCAGCCGGUGACUACACAUGUACUGCUAGAAACACAAACACACAGAAAUCAUUAGACAAGACCAUUUCUCUGGAUGUGCAAUACCGAUCUUCCAUCACUUCUCUGACUUUGAACUCACAGUUUACAAGAGUUACAGUUGAGGAGCGGAUUCCUGUGACUCUGAGAUGUGAUGUUGACAGUGAUCCAGGAUCUGACAUAAAAUUAUUGAACAACUCACAGAU